CGGAUCACAAUGUCAAGAUCUUGACCCAACCCUCGUCGCCUUACCACAUGGAUUUGAUCAAGUCCCCAGGGAGCGAUGAUGGGACGCCGACCUCGACCAAUGCGAAUAAGUACAAUUGCCAGAUUUGCGGCUUUUCCGCUUCCCGCUUGAAUGUUAUCAUCUUACACAACAAAACCCAUAGUGAUACUUCAGGCACCCCAGCCACUCCGCCUAAAGUGGCCAAGCCUAUACCCAAAACCUCACCCUCAGUGACGUCCUCGAGUUUGGUCUCGGUCAAAUCGUUGCUGACCCCAAUAAUUCCUCCCAAGGGCAAACCUGGUCGCCCAAAAGGAUCUGGGAAAAAGAAACCCGUCAUCGCUGCCACGUCGGCAGUAGAUACACCUUCAACGCCCAAACCUAGAGGGCGUGGUCGCCCGCCCCGUGCCAAAAAGGUUGAAGAGCCUGAUGUUAAGCCAGCUAUUGUCAAGCCUACCAAGGCCCCGUCGCCCGUCAAAAAAAGUCGCCUAACGAAAAAAGAGAAGGAAGAGCUGGCCAAAGAAGAAGCCAGAAAGAAGGAGGAGCGGGACAAAAUUCUUGGCGAUUGGGACGAUGAGGAAGAAGAAGAGGAAAGGAAAGUGGUGCCUGAGAAAACAAGGAUGCGAGAUCUCAUGGAGCCUUUUGUGGAUUCAUCCGAAGAGGAGGAAGAAGAGGGAUUCAUGGGCGAUGACAAUGUCCAUGGGAAUUCUUAUGAGGGAGAAGAGGAACAGGAUAAGAAAGAUCGCGAGAUAGAAGAGGCGCGAUUGAAAAAAGAAAAAGAUGAGAGGGAUAAAAUCGAAGCCAUCAAAAGCAAAAGUGAUGACCAGAUUGACGAGAGUAAGAAAAAUGGGGAUCAUAACGGUUCGACGGACGUGUCCGGUGACACCUCUCUCUCCACAACUGUCCUCAAAGGCGAUGAUGAGUUAUUAGCAAUGGAUAUUGGGAAAGUGUUGGAAGAGACGGCCGUGCCAGAUGUGCCUUCAGUCGAUGUGGAGAAAGUCAAAAAGAGGAAAUCCGUCUCCUUUGGAGCAACGAAAGAGUUUGCUAACACUAAAAUAGCUUUGGUCCAACCCGAGUCCAACUUGGAUGAUCCGAUGAUGAUCGAUGAUGAGUUUGACGAGUUUGUGUCUUCAGCCGACAUUUCAAUGCCCUCGCCGCCUAAGGUGUAUCAAGCCAAAAAAAUUCUUAAACGUGGGGUGGAGACGAAUCCAGUUUCCAUUUCGAGUGUUGCCCAAUCCUCUGAAUUGGUAGUCUCAAAACCAGAUGUAGUUGCAGGUGCUCCACCAACAAAUGGAGCCUCUGCCAAUAACGGUGGUCUCCAGGGCACCACAAAGGUCGAGGUUGAUCAGUCGAAGGUUGACUCGGGCAUUGAAGCGGAAGAGUCCGUGCCUUUACCCGAACCAAAUAACACUGAAGAUCCACCAAAGUCGCAAGAAAGCUCUUCAAAUGCACCGGAACCUGAGAAAUCUGUCAGUGAAUCACACGAAGAAGCCGCUUCUCAUCCUGUUCCAGAUACAUCAGCUGAAGAACAAAAAGUGGACGAAUCGCCUCAAGUGGACACAACAACAGAUCUGCCAACCGUCAGUGAGCCAUCAGAGGAGAAACAAACACCCACUAAGCCAGAUUCGAAUAGCCAGCAAGACUCUGGUCCAUUGUCCAACGGCACCAGUGUGGAAUCCCAAAGUGAGAGUCUAGUGGCCGUCUCAUUGUCCAAUGAGACCAACACCGUGUCUGCCGUUCAAAUGGUCAUGACCACCUCGGAUAUCAUCUCGGAAAACGGCCCUGCCGACACCACUUACGUGAGUCAAAUCCCUUCACCCUCUGUUAUGGCAACGGCCUCAGCCUUAAACGUUAUGACAACGGUGGGCGGGGAGACGGCUAGUGUGGUCACAUCUGGAGAAGACACCUACUUGAUUCUGGUGGAUGAUGGAUCCGGUGCUGUGGACAGUCUUAACUCGCAGACUCUCUACAUUGAUCCCUCGCAACUGGAAAAUGGCAACAUGGUUCUCAUGACCAAUGAGGGCGUGCCCGUGUCGGCUCAAGGCGUGUCUGUGGCCUCGUCAAAUUCCAACAAUCAUCCUCAUGAGAUCUUGGCUGCGUUGAACACUCAACAACUUCAGUUGCAACAUCAACAACAGCAGCAGCAACCCCCUCAACAACCCCCCAAGACUCCUGUUCUUGGGUCAGGAGUGAAACUUGGUCUGGUCGAAACGACCCCAUCUCCGACUGCCCGGCCCGUGAUGUCACCAGCGGAGAUCCCCAGUGGUUCAGUGGCAUUGAGCAACAACACGCCUGUGAUCAGUGAACAACAACAGCAACAACAACAGCAGCAGCAGGUAUUACUGGCAGGCACCGUCACACAAGACCAAGUUAUUCCAUAGGUGUCAGCAUUCCCUUUUGUUUGCCCAUUCAUCGAUUGGUCUUCGGCUAACGGAUUUGACAUCCCGAGCUUCCUUCCAAUGAACGACAACCCCGCCAAUAAUGGCUAUUGUAAUUUUUGAUGCGCUUUCUCUCGGAUGAGUUUGAGGCGUUUGGAUACCUUAAGGUUCAUCUUCAAUCUUGGCUCCGUUCGUCAAGUUGGAGUGGACACGAUAAGAAAACUCCCAUCCUUUAGAAAUGAAGUAAAGCGUCAAAGAUACAUUGAUUAACUAUUUCCAAUAGAUUUUAAAACAAGGCAUUUCAUCUUUAUGUUUGGAAUGAAGACAAGACGGACACCAUAAGUUAUUCGAUUUUUGGUCUCUUGUUCACUGAGGAGAAAAACAAUCUUGUAUGUAAAAUAUCAGAGCAAGUGAGCGGUUGAAUACCAUGCAAUGAAUUUCCUUCAACAGUCCCGAAUGUAUCUUUUCCCCUCUGGAUAAAUCAAUAAAUGUGCUUAUUAUGGCUUGUUA